AAAAAGAUGACGAUUUUUACGGUGACGUGUCUAUGUUGACAGCCGACUCUAGAAAGUAAUAUUGGCGAAACAAAACAGCGCAAUUUCACUUUAGAAAUGGGUGUUGAUAUAACUUUAUUAUUCAAAGCAAGCGUUAAAACAGUCAAAACACGAAACAAAGCCAUAGGAGUUGGGUUCGAUUCUACAAAAGAUGAAAUCUUUAAGAAGAGCAGACCUAAGAAUGGAUUUUCUACUAGAGCAAAGGAGGUGAUCACGAACAUCACCAAGCUGAAGGACUUCCUGCUGCAGCACAGGAGGGACUACGUAAACGCCGGCAGCCUCAUCUCGUCAGACCUGACCCGAAUGACAGAUGGCGAGCGUGACCAGAUUGAUCAGGAUGCACAGAUCUUCAUGAGAACCUGCUCCGACGCCAUCAAGCAGCUCCGAGCCGAGGCGGACAAGCAGGUGACCAGCUCUCAGGUGAAGGAGCACAGGGGCGCGGUUCUGGACCUGAUAGACGACUACCUGAAAAGUGUGUGCAAGCUGUACUCUGAGCAGAGAGCUAUUCGAGUGAAGAGGGUUGUGGACAAGAAGAGACUCUCAAGACUGGAGCCUGAACAGCACGGACCAGUGGAGAGGAGUCCACAGAAGGAGCAGGCAGAAGACAAGGUCGUGAAGGAGGAGAACAGUGAGAAGGUGGUGCCAGACGUGCAGAAGAACAGCCUGAGUCUAUGGGAGGACACCAGAGUGGAGGAUGAGCUCUCCCCCGAGGAAAUCCAGAUGUUUGAACAGGAAAACCAGAGGCUGGUGAGUGAGAUGAGCAGUCUAGUGGAUGAAGUGAGGCAGAUAGAAGGAAAGGUGGUGGAGAUUUCACGGCUGCAGGAGAUUUUUGCAGAGAAAGUUUUACAGCAGGAGACUGAGAUAGACAGUAUUCAUCAGCUUGUGGUGGGGGCCACUGAAAACGUCAAAGAAGGCAACGAAGAUAUCAGAGAGGCUAUCAAAAACAACGCAGGGUUCCGGGUUUGGAUCCUCUUCUUCCUCGUCAUGUGUUCCUUUUCCCUACUCUUCCUGGACUGGUAUGACAGCUAACCCGCAAAGGGGGAGGGUUUCAUCACAGGAAGUGACAUCACAGACUGGGCCCAGCCCGUGGGGGGGGAACUCCCGAAACACUGAUUGCCUGCUGAAGUUCUGCCAUUACUUACUGCACCAGGGAGAGACAGUCUGCCCCAUUGAAAAGAGCACAGCAUUGUUUCCAGGCUUUUCGGUCUUCACACUUAAGUCUUCCCCCGUACAUUUCCCUAAUGUACAUUGCCUUUGAGGCCCAGCGAAUAAAAUCCGGACAGAUUGUGUUUGCUAGCUAGAAUUGCUUUGGUGUAUUGCAAUUCCCUGUAAUUCUUCCUAGUUUGCAGACGGCUAUAUUUAAUUUAGCACGGAAUAAAACAUUAAUAUUUUUAUGUGUUCCAAAAGUGAAAAUGCCAUGGUACUAUCAGAUGAAUGCAUCCUUUUCCGUUUGGGAUGUCUAUAUUAAAAGUUCUGAAUAGAAAA